AUGCAACUCGAUAACGUUCUAUAUGACGUGCAGGGCCCUAUGGCUCUGAUCACAAUCAAUCGUGCCGAAAAACACAAUGCUAUUUCUUUAGCGACCCUGGACGACCUGCAUACAGCGGUUGAUGCAGCAGCGGAUGAUGAUGCCGUACGUGUGAUCACGAUUACUGGUGCAGGCGGCAAAGCGUUUGCUGCAGGUUCUGAUCUUUCUGAGGUCAUUCACAGAGAUUUUAAAAAGGCCCUUGAACCUAUUGUUCAAGGCCUGGCGGAUAAGCUGGAGCGUACGCCCAAACCUACCAUCGCUGCCAUUGAUGGCAUCUGUAUGGGUGGUGGGCUGGAAGUAGCGCUAGGUUGUGACCUGCGGGUAGCAACGCCACAGUCGCGCUUUGCAACACCUGAAGGCAAGCUCGGUAUUAUUCCCGGUGGCGGAGCGACUGCACGUCUGCCUCGCAUUGUCGGGCGUGGCUGGGGUAUGGAAAUGUUGCUGAUGGGUGAACCCAUCGGGGCUGAGCGGGCCCUGGCGAUAGGUCUCGUGACCCGCCUGGUUGAAUCGGAUGAACUGCUCGCGGAAACCCGUCGUAUGGCUGAUCACCUUGCAGGAUUUGCGCCGUUUGUGCCACGCACGAUGAAAGCUAUGGUGCACUUUGGCAUGGAAGCGAGCCUCGCGGGCGCGCUGAUGUUCGAGAAAUACGCGCAAGGCGCACUGGUGCAGACUGAAGACAAAGUUGAAGGCAUCAAUGCGUUUUUGGAAAAACGCGACCCCGAAUUCAAAGGCCGCUAA